UUGUGUGUCAUUUGGUGGAUGAAUGCUUGUCACCUACUUCAUUUAAAUUCCCAGUCUUUUCUUUUUAUUGUUUUUUCAUGCUUUUUGGUGAGAGUGAAAAAAGCUGGGUACUUUGAUCUUUGGUUUGCUUCAGUUCUGCGAUAAUGGAGAAGCACAAAUGCAAGCUCUGUGCUCGAACAUUCUCUAAUGGCAGAGCUUUAGGAGGUCACAUGAAAGGUCACUUAGCCACUCAUCCACUGCCUCGUAAGACGACUCACCAGCACCAGCACGGUGACCGCUCCGACUCAGCUUCUUCGUCACCGUCUUCAUCGGGUGAGGAGCAAGAACUCGGAGAAGAGAAAAUGGGAGUUCUCGAAGAGAAAUGUUUGGUUUACGGGUUAAGAGAGAAUCCCAAGAAGAGUUUCAGGUUCGCAGAUCCUGAAUUCUCGUUUGCACACGAUUCUGGGUCCGUUGUUCAAUAUAUAGAAAGCGAGACCGAGUCAGGAAACCCAACUCGGAGACGAUCCAAGAGAUGUCGAAAGCUGUUGAUGAAACCCAGUUUGGUCGAAUCACCGACUGAGCCAGAACCGUUGAGCUCGGUUUCCGAUACUUCACCGGAAGAACACGUCGCCAUGUCUCUUAUGAUGCUGUCGAGAGAUGUCUGGAGAAGCAAAACCGUGGAACAAAAAUCCGUUCAGGAGUUGAACAAGAAGAAGAUUCGUGGGAAACAUCGAUGUGAGAAAUGUAAGAAAACGUUUCGAUCUUAUUACACAUUGGAUGAACACAAAAGGGUUUGCUCUGAAACUAAGAAAACAGAUAAAGCUGCUGCUAUAUUCGAGUGCCCAUUGUGCUGUAGAGUGUUCGGUUCAGGACAAGCACUGGGCGGUCACAAAAGAUCCCAUUUGCUCGCUGCCGCCGCUGCAAAUUCUGGCAAAUUUGACAACAAUUUGAUAGAUCUAAACUUGCCGGCUCCAUUGGAAGACGAUGAGUUCAGUGUGGUUUCAGAUGCGUAGCUGUUAUGGGAUCCAAAUUCACGUGGAUCUGAUGCUCUAUAUUCAAUGUUUUUUAUGCAACUUUUUACUGUAGUUUCUAAUA